AUGCUGCCGCCAACUACAAACGGACGCAAUGCUGCUACCGCUGCUGCGUCUUCGGCUUCUGCUUCUUCUUCUUUUCACGGGCUCUGCCGCACAACCAUUACCUCGUCUGCGCUGUCGGCCGAAUAUCAAGCCCUGCAGUCCCUCUAUGCAACCAUAACCUCGCUUCCCCACGAAAAGUUGACUUAUACCUGCGAUCUGCUGCCUGCAUCACCACCACCCUCCUCGUCUUCUGACCACCACCUCUACAACAACAACCUCGCUCGACACAGCAACCUCUCCCCCUCAUCGUAUAAACACCAUCAGCAGCAGCAUCACAACAACCACCGCUGGUCAAACCCCAACCUCUGCUCCCACGCCAACCUCACCUGCAUCCCCAAACCAUGCCAUGACCGCACCCGCACCAUGCUACGCACCCACCAAAUCCCCUACCCAACACACAAGUCCCCCCUCGAGGGCGACACCGCCCACCGCGACCUCGACUGGGCCCUCGCCUCCCAGACCGACCCGUCCUUUGUCCACCCCAUCGGCCACGCCGGCAUCACUAAGCUCUCCAAGCUCGCCCUGCUCCAGAACCACUUCUGGCCCGCCCUCGCCCACUGGGUCGUCGACGAGCGCUCCGAGGUGCUCCCCGGCGGCACCCUCGUCGGCGGCUGGUGGCGCGCCGAUAUUGUCGGCAUGAUGGACUGGUACCGCGACUGCUUCGGCAUGACGACCCGCUGGGAGGACGCCAAUGUCGCCCAUGCCGACGGCGUCUGGCGCGAUGUCCUGGCGACGUCCCCGUGGCGCGACUGGCCCGAGUUCUUCCCGCUCAUCAAGGAGCCCGUAAGAGACAAACAGGGCAAUGUGAUUGUCGAUGGCCAGGGCCGCUGGCUGUAUCGCGAUAAAGACCCGCGCACGGAUGGCAUGGAGGAUGCGUUUGUCGACUUGUGGGAGGCUGUGGCGAAUUCGAGGCCACUAACAAAGAGGGCGAUGGCGGUUCCUGUUCCUGGCGACAAGAGACAGGUCGUCAAGAGAUAA